GCAAGCAUGAAUGCGAAAAUCAAUUAAUGGGAAUCGUAUCGCCUCUCUCCUCUCGCACGACCCUUUUUAGCCGCGGUUGCUGCAGAGAGACAUACAGGAGUCGAGCCUCGCUCUCUCUGUUUCUCUCUCUCUCAACCUUUUUGAUCUCUGUCAUCAUCGUCAUCAUCGAGAUUUUGCUAAAGCUUUCCCCUCCCCUUUGCCUCAGAUUCAGAUAUAUAUAUAAUUUCCUCGGUGCAGAGCGAAAAGGGUGUGCCCAUCAUCUUCUAGUUUUCUUUUGCUGCUGCUCCUCUCGUCAAACUCGCACUCCCUCUGAUGCAUUGAAUACUUCGCCGCCCAUUAAUCUCUCUCGCGCGCGCGCGCGGGGGCGAGCGCGCGAAGGGACCGACCUCCUCGAGGAUCGAUCGACCCGUCGUGGCGGCGGCGGCGGCGGCGGCGGUUCCCCUUCGCGUCGUCCCCGCGAUCCGACGGCCCAGAUCUUCUCGUCUGUGAUCGUACGGCCGGGGAUCCUCUGUCAGCCCGUCCCUUCUCCCUCUCUCUCUUUCUCUAUCUUAUCUCUACUUACUAAGUUGUGUCUUAUGAGCUAUGGAGCCUCAUGAUCAUAGAAGACAAAAGAGACAGAAUAAUCUUUUGCAUGCAAAUGGCGAAGGCAAUGCGACCACUGUUGAUGAAUUAGAUCCUUGGACUGCGUGGGCGUACAAGCCACGGACCAUAUCCCUCUUACUAAUUGGAGCAUGUUUUUUGAUAUGGGCAAGUGGAGCUCUUGAUCCAGAAGGCAGUGAAUCUGGUGAUCUUGUUACAUCCGUGAAAAGGGGUGUGUGGGCCAUGAUUGCAGUGUUUCUAGCUUAUUGCUUGCUGCAAGCCCCUUCCACGGUUCUUAUUAGGCCUCAUCCUGCAAUCUGGCGCCUAGUCCAUGGGAUGGCUGUUAUUUACCUUGUUGUGCUCACAUUCUUGCUUUUUCAGAAGCGUGAUGAUGCUCGACAAUUCAUGAAGUUUCUCCAUCCUGAUCUGGGUGUCGAACUUCCUGAACGAUCAUAUGGAGCUGACUGCAGGAUUUAUCUGCCAGAAAAUCCUACGAGCAGGUUUAAGAAUGUUUAUGAUACACUGUUUGACGAAUUUGUGCUUGCCCACAUCUUUGGCUGGUGGGGAAAAGCGAUAUUGAUUCGUAAUCAGCCACUUCUGUGGGUGCUUUCAGUUGGAUUUGAGUUCAUGGAGCUCACAUUUCGUCACAUGUUACCGAACUUCAAUGAGUGCUGGUGGGACAGCAUUAUUCUGGAUAUAUUAAUAUGCAACUGGUUUGGUAUUUGGGCCGGAAUGCAUACUGUCAGGUAUUUUGAUGGGAAAACAUAUGAAUGGGUUGGUAUAAGUCGACAGCCUAAUGUCAUAGGGAAGGUUAAACGGACAUUGGGACAAUUCACCCCAGCUCAGUGGGACAAAGACGAGUGGCACCCCCUGCUUGGUCCAUGGCGUUUCAUUCAAGUCCUUAGUCUUUGUGUAGUCUUCUUGACGGUGGAGCUGAACACAUUCUUUCUCAAGUUUUGUCUGUGGGUUCCUCCUAGGAACCCGGUCAUAGUGUAUAGGUUGAUCCUAUGGUGGCUCAUUGCAAUCCCCACAAUCCGUGAAUACAAUUCAUAUCUCCAGGACAGGAAAAAAGUGAAAAAGGUUGGGGCUCUAGUUUGGCUUUCGCUUGCAAUAUGUAUUGUGGAACUUCUCAUAUGCAUCAAGUUUGGACAUGGUUUGUAUCCAAACCCGAUGCCUCGGUGGUUGGUAGUCUUCUGGUCUUCGGUUGGUUCGGGCAUCGUAGCAUUUCUGAUUGUUUGGUCGUGGCAGCUACAUAGAAGCAUGCUAAGAAAGAGGCUUUGACUUAGGAUAUAUCAGGCAUUGAUUCUUUGAUUUCUUUUUCUUCCUUGUACUGAUGUACAUACUUUUAACAUCUUGAAGAAUUGUAAAUGCUUGUUUUGCUAGGUCAGGGAGAAUCGGAGUCCUUCUAGAGAGUAGUGAGUUUGCGUUGUUCUCGUUAAAGGGGCGAUGUUUCUUUUUCUUUUAGCUGUUACGGUCGGAGAGUUGCUUCCAUGUUUUUGCGACAUUCGCAGUACUGUUGGUUUGAUAAUUCUAUGCAGCUUAGCCAUUUAGAAUGUG